CCCAGACUCUUCUCUCUCCUCCCUCCCUCCCUCCAAAUUCCCGCCCCCAUUUCCCCAAACCCCUUCCUGGGUCCUCAUAAUCGCCCCCCAGAUGUCCACAGAGAGCGUCGGAUCAUUCAAUCCUUCGCCAUUCGAACCCCCAGACCCCACGAGCCCUUCUCAGGAGCAGCACAAAACCCAAAACUUCUCCCCAAAUACCCCCGACCAGUUUCAGAGCAGGAGGAAGCUCAUCAUCUGCUACAGUUGCAACCGAGAGGGCCAUUACUCGACUACUUGUCCUAACAAGAACAGGGGGAGCCCCGGGGCUUCGCCCAGCAAGGCAUUGUUCCCAAAAUGCCCCCAGAAGUAUCCUGAGUUGGAGUGUAGAGCUUGUGGGCAAGUUUGUGUUGUGAGGACGUCGCGCACUGAGAAGAACCCUGAUAGAGAUUUCUACGCCUGUCCUAGGGGGAAUAUGUGCAAUAUGUUUCAAUGGUGCGAUGAGGUUGGUAAAAUUCGGCCAACUCACAUGUACAGCCCAGUGAAACCAGUUAAGCAGCACGAUAUGUCUUUGUUGAAGAAUCCUGAAUGCCCUUGUACUGCUGGACCAUGUAGAAUUGAGAAAAAGCAAAGCGGCCGCAAGUACUAUGCCUGUCACUUGAAGAUGGGACAAGGAUGUUGCAAUCAUUUUGAAUGGUGCGACGGUCAAGGAGAUGGCGCUGAAAUGAAUAUGGCAAUUGAGGGACAAAAAGGUAUGGGGACGGAUAAACCAGCGGAGGUAAAUCUUGCAAUAUUUCCAUCGGCACCAUCACCAUCAACUAACCCAAGAGCAGAACACGAGGCUAACUGUUCAGGAUCGAGAUCAUCUCGGAUAAGAGGCAGCCUGUCACUAAAAGAAUGGAUGUGAUAGUGUCUUGCAUCGAACAAUCUCAUAGCAAACAAGAUGUCAAUGUGGUUCAUGGUUUGUUUUCACGAGUGAAGAGGUUAAGUUUAGAAGAAGGCAACUCAACGAUGUCUCAGGAAUGUGUCGAUGUGUGGGUAUGCAUUGUCGGUUGCUAUCAUUUUGAGAGAGGAAGAGAGACUAUAUAAUAUGUCACAUUGCUGAUAUAUAUUCAUGUAAAUUAUUUAUGUACCUGUAUGUAUUAUCUUAUCUUUGUUACUGAAUCAGUAUGGCAGUCUUUUUUGUAUAAAACCUGUCUUUGUUCUUAAA